UCGCAUCUAGUCCCUUUCGUGACGCGUCGCAGUCAGGUGGCAGGACGGUCGCUCGUCCCGUUGCGUCCUUGUCCUGAGGCGUGCGUUUCCUUCUUCAGCCUUGAAGUGUUUUUCAGAAUCACCUUUAACUUCCUUGCAAGGAGUCUUAAAUCCUUCAUAAAAUGUCUGUCAGUAAUAAAAUAAGUCAACUAAUGAACAGGGUACCUGGAAAGCAGCGGUUUGGUGUGUACAGAUUUCUUCCUUUCUUCUUUGUUCUUGGUGGUGCUAUGGAAUGGUUUAUGAUUAAUGUUCAAAUUGGCAAUCAGACUUUUUAUGAUGUUUACCGUAGAAAGCAGGCUGAGAAAUAUUACCAGAAGUUGGAAGAAAAAUGAAUUCAACACUGAAUUAUCUGUACAUAAUGGAUUCUGAACUUCUAAAAGAAACUACGUUUCAGAGUUUGCUUAAAAUAAAUUAGAUUGAAUACUGACUGCACGUUAUUCAGUGAAAUGAAUUUUUGCUACUCUACCUUGUUUGAAGUAAAAAAACAA